UUUAUAGUUGUAUUUUUUAUUAAUGUCAUUUUGAACCGCUACUGCUACUUUUAUACUAUUUAUUUAUAGUGUUACAUUUAUAUGUUAAAAUUUCUUAAUAGGAGAUUAGUGAGAUGUACACAACACACACUUCAUCGAAUACAUCUUCUGUGUCAUUAUCAAAGCUACUAAAUCUGGGUUUUUUUGAAACGUUGUACGCUAAAAGUAAUUCGAAUCCAUGUUCAAGAGCAAAUUCACCUAGAAAAGACCCGUGUUCGCCUUGUCCAGCGCCACCUGUAGAUACAUGUGCAGCUGGAGAUGCUCCUUCACCGUCGUCACCACCGAAAUGUGCGUGUAGCGUGCCCGAGACUAAUAAAUCUACUGUUGGAGAUAGGGGAAAAACAGGCGCUGGUGUUACAGGAUCGCGUACGGAGCGUGUUUGCGAGAAGAACCCUGAUAUUCUUCCUGCAGGCGCAACCAACCCGGGUCUGCUACGCUACAUACACAAUGCAGCGCGCUACCGUCUCCCUCAGUGUUUUGAAGGAGGAUGUGUAUCGGUUAAACAGAAAUCUAAAAACAAUUGGGUUUUGGGCCAUUCGUUGUCCUUCAGUUCGGUGUCUCCAGGCGGUUACAAAUUGUUACUUUCUUACGUUGACAAGAACAAACCUAUAGGCAUUCCUUAUUUCGUAAUGGAAGCGGCUCCUGGUGGUCAAAUGAGCUGCGAGAUGCGGGUUGGGCCUAGUCAAGGCACGCGGGCUACUAUUGUGGCCCAAAUUGCCGAUGCAGAAUUGUACAGUUUUGAAAGUAUAUUUGAUACGUACUUCAAUAGUUUUACGGCGUCUAUAAUUGCAGUGAACCGCGAGUUUAUUGCUAUACAUUAUCUACAGGCUAUAACUGAACAGAUAUCUCUUGGAGCGGAAGUGGUAGCUCGAGGGCACGCUGCUGAGCUCAGCUCUGCAUCAGGUGCUGGUCGGUGGGUCGGCGAGGAUCAUUCAGUCAGCGCCACUCUUGGGAAUAGGGGCUUGGAUCUCUGUUAUGCCCGCGUACUUAAACCGUAUCUCACAGUGGCUGCCAUGCUGGAGGUUGGUUUCGCAAUACGCCGCGCCGUAGCCACCCUGGCCUAUGAAUGGCAUACUGACGAGUGGACAGUACGAGGGUCGGCAGACUCGGAUGGGCUCGUGGGGGCCACCCUACAGCGCGCACUUGGAGGGAAGAGAGCCCAGCUUGCAUGUGCCAUCUCAGCUCUUCUUAAUCACCCUAACGAUAAAUUCAGACUUGGGUUUGGAAUAACGGCUGCUAUUAUUUGAAGUAACUAAAUACA